AUGGACUCCAUGAACAGCAGCCCUAUGGAAACUCUGGCGAUUGACUCGGUUGGGCUAGAGAGUCGGUCGUGGACAGAGGUUUCUGCUGGGCUCCGCCUCCCGCACCUCACCAAACUGGUCCUUUCCGUACCCGAAUUCGACUUCAGGGAUCUCCUCGCUUUCUUGUCUAGGCAAUCUGCACUCGAGGACCUAACUCUACUUGAUAGUCCAGCGAACCUGGGCGGCAACGUGUCUGGUCUCGCUCUCCCUAAGCUCCGGACCCUAACUUGCCCCCCGAGAACGCUUGUCGCUAUCCUGGCAAGUUCCAUAGCGGUCCCAAAAUCAUGCGCAAUAGCUAUCCGCCCGGAAGAGAGGCAGAAUACUAUCUGUCUCAGAGACUGGACGUACGCGCUUCGUGCCAUUGGGACGCGGCAGUUCGCCAAUGAUAUUAGCAUCGCCCUGAUCUUGGGGACGGCUGACUGCGCCUUCCCGGCGCAAGGACAGGCGUGUGCUGUCGGAGCGCUCGAACAAGUCGAGGACAUCAUUAUUGACGUACGACACAGCGAACAUCUCCAGCACAAUGUUCCGGAUUAUCUCCGGACGUGGCUUUCAUCCUCGACAUUACCAAAUUGUGGGCUUGUCAUAAUUCAGUCGCAGCGCAAGAGAAGGCCCAGUAGAUUGUACCAUUACAUCAUGGAUAAAUUUCCAUCGCCUGACGUGGAUGUGAUGGAAGAGUAG